CGUAUCCGGAUUAUCGCGAUCGGCGUCCGCUCCCCCACCACCGCCGCGGCAGCGAGGCCAUGUUGUGACGUCACGGCAACUCAUUCGCCGAGGGGCGGACCCUCUCCUGCGCUGGAGGGGGACGCAGAGCGGCGCGCCGAUCGCCGCCUCAGUGCUCGAUUGUCUCGUGUCCGGAGCGAACCGUCACGCGUGAUAUCCGCGAGUGUGGUCCGGGUUUGCGCGACUUACGAAGGCAAAACGGAAUUCCUAAGUGGCCAAUGUGCACCGGGUGCCUUGACGCAGAUCGGUGGCGCUAUCCUUGCAUUCGGAGGUGAAGCCACGGGAGUGUUGGCGCCCGCCCCCGUGGUCGUCCCGGCGCCAGCCGCCGCCGCCAUGAAUCAGCUAGGGACCGUCUACGCCACCAAGCGGCGACGAAGGAACGGCAAGAGUUUGAAACCGACCCCCAAAGACGGGGUGACGAAAAGCAACCCCAGCAAACGGCAUCGGGAACGGCUCAACGCAGAAUUGGACACCCUCGCAAGUCUCUUACCCUUCGAGCAGAACAUUCUCAGUAAACUGGACAGGUUGUCCAUUCUAAGACUUUCCGUCAGCUAUUUACGAACCAAAAGUUACUUUCAAG